AAAAAAAAUACCCUAAGAGCAAAAGAUUGACAAAUUACCUGCUCAUGCUCAUCUCUGUAUUGCAUCCCCAAAAAUGGCACAAUCGCUUUUUCUGAACACCCCAAUUAUUCCCGUACGCUCAUCCUUGCAAGGUGAUGAGAAGAGGCUGGAUUUUUUUGCAUCGAAAAGUAGACGGUGUAUUCUGAAGGUUUCAUCUAAUUUCAGAGCAACAGUACAAGCAGCUCAGCGAGCUGAUUCUAAAGGAAUUGAAAUUCCUCGCCAGUGGUACAAUCUAAUUGCAGAUCUUCCAGUAAAACCACCACCUCCUCUGCAUCCAAAAACUUUCGAACCAGCAACACCAGAAGAUUUGUCACCUUUAUUUCCGGAUGAGUUGAUUAAGCAAGAGGCCACCAAUGAUCGUUUUGUUGACAUCCCAGAGGAGGUUAUAGAUGUUUAUAGGCUUUGGCGGCCUACUCCUUUGAUCAGAGCUAAGAGAUUGGAGAAACUGCUCGAUACGCCUGCUAGAAUCUACUACAAGUAUGAGGGGGUUAGCCCAGCUGGGUCGCACAAACCAAACACUGCUGUACCACAGGUCUGGUACAAUGCACAGCAAGGUGUCAAGAACGUAGUUACAGAGACUGGUGCUGGCCAAUGGGGGAGUUCACUCGCUUUUGCGUGCAGCUUAUUUGGUCUCAACUGCGAGGUGUGGCAGGUCCGUGCUUCGUAUGAUCAGAAACCAUAUCGUAAACUGAUGAUGCAAACUUGGGGCGCCAAAGUGCACCCUUCACCUUCCAGUAUUACCGAAGCUGGUCGAAGCAUACUCGACAAAGAUCCAUCAACCCCAGGAAGUUUAGGAAUAGCUAUUUCCGAGGCUGUGGAGGUAGCAGCUACAAAUGCUGAUACCAAAUAUUGUCUAGGAAGUGUUCUCAAUCAUGUUUUGUUACAUCAAACUGUCAUAGGUGAGGAGUGCAUAAAACAGAUGGAGGCUAUAGGGGAGACUCCAGAUGUGAUUAUUGGCUGUACUGGGGGCGGGUCCAAUUUUGCAGGACUUGCUUUUCCAUUUAUUCGGGAGAAAUUUAACGGGAAGAUCAACCCUGUUAUUAGAGCAGUUGAACCUACAGCAUGCCCUUCCUUGACAAAAGGUGUAUAUGCUUACGAUUAUGGUGAUACAGCCGGGUUGACUCCUUUGAUGAAGAUGCAUACUCUUGGACACGACUUUGUACCAGACCCUAUUCAUGCUGGGGGUCUGCGGUACCAUGGAAUGGCUCCAUUGAUUUCGCAUGUCUAUGAAUUGGGUUACAUGGAAGCAAUUUCAAUUCCGCAGAAAGAAUGCUUUGAAGGUGCCAUACAAUUCGCUAGGUCGGAAGGGUUGAUACCUGCACCCGAACCAACUCAUGCCAUAGCUGCAACAAUCAGGGAAGCUCUUCGGUGCAGAGAAACGGGAGAAUCAAAAGUCAUUCUCAUGGCAAUGUGUGGACAUGGUCAUUUUGAUUUGCCGGCUUACGAAAAGUAUCUGCAGGGAGGUCUUGUUGAUUUGUCAUUUUCAGAGGAACAGAUGCAAGCAUCGCUGGCCAAUAUUCCUCGGCCAGUCUCCUGAGUUAAAGCUAAGGUAAUCGUGAAUGAAAAAUCUGUUACUUUUUAGAAGUUAUUUUGCAACAGCUUCAUAUGAAUAGCUAUGUUGUAAGAAGUUUAUCGUGAUGGAUUCACAGUUUGUGUUAUGGUUCGAAUUUUCCUGUCUUAUAUAAGAAAGGAAUUCAAAGAUGUAAUACUUCGGGAAGUACAAUUGUUGUAACGUUUAGUUAUAUCUAAUACUAUGUACCAAAGAUGAUGAUAGGCUUUUAUAUAAUGUACACUACCAUUGAGUAGAUAUACAAUUCAAUGGAUAAUCCGUUUUGUUUUGAAGCGUUUGGCUAUCUACUUAUUCAUGGCCAAUUUUAGUUAAGAACAAAUGUUAAAUCUCGGUUGCUUA